UUCGCCAUGUGUCGCGGUCGGCUUGAGAUCGUUCAAGCCGACGCAGGCCGGCCGAGAUCCUGAUAGCCACCGCAGCGACCAGGAUCCGGGACCAUUCAACGAAGAAAGGAUGCCAGGGGGGCGCAGGGGCCUGGUAGCCCCCCAAAACACGUUCCUGGAGAACAUCAUACGACGUAGUAACAGUCAACCCGACAGCAGUUUCCUACUGGCAAACGCCCAGAUCGUCGACUUCCCGAUCGUUUAUUGCAACGAGAGUUUUGUCAAGAUCUCCGGCUACAAUCGCGCCGAGGUUAUGCAAAAGUCAUGCCGCUGUGGAUUCAUGUACGGAGAACUAACGGACAAGGAAACCAUCGCCAGGAUCGAGGAGUGCCUCGAAGGCCAGAUUCACGAUCAAUUCGAGAUUUUGCUGUACAAGAAGACCAGUAGCCCACCAGAGACACCGCUAUGGCUGCUCCUGCAAAUAGCGCCCAUAAAAAACGAACGAGACCUUGUGGUCCUGUUCCUGCUGACGUUUCGAGACAUCACCGCCCUGAAGCAGCCGAUCGAGACGGACGACAGCAAAGGCGGUCUUUCGAAAUUCGCCAAACUCGCCAGAUCGGUCACCAGAUCGAGAUCGGUUCUGGUAUCACAAUUCAGCUCCCAUUUGCCGGCACUGAAGGACACGGCCGUUCCAGCCACCACCAAACAAUCGCACUUGGGUCAUAUGAUGUCUUUGAGCGGCGAUGUUAUGCCGCAAUACAGACAAGAAGCGCCGAAAACACCGCCGCACAUUCUGCUGCAUUACUGCGCGUUUAAGGCAAUCUGGGACUGGAUUAUUUUGUGUUUGACCUUUUACACAGCUAUCAUGGUGCCGUACAACGUCGCGUUCAAAAACAAAACCAGCGAGGACGUCUCCUUGCUGGUUGUCGACAGUAUCGUCGACGUGAUAUUCUUCAUCGACAUCGUGCUAAAUUUUCACACAACAUUCGUCGGUCCCGGUGGCGAGGUGGUGUCUGAUCCGAAGGUAAUCAGAAUGAACUAUCUGAAAUCUUGGUUCCUCAUAGAUCUACUGAGCUGUCUGCCGUAUGACGUGUUUAACGCCUUCGAUCACGACGAGGACGGAAUAGGUAGUCUGUUCUCGGCCCUCAAGGUAGUGCGGCUGCUGCGACUCGGCAGAGUCGUGCGCAAGCUAGAUCGGUACCUGGAAUACGGUGCCGCAAUGCUCAUUCUUCUGCUCUGUUUCUACAUGUUGGUUGCUCACUGGCUCGCCUGUAUCUGGUAUUCGAUAGGGAGAUCGGAUGCCGACAAUGGGGUACAGUAUUCGUGGUUGUGGAAGUUGGCCAAUGUUACCCAGUCACCGUACAGCUACUUGUGGACCAAUGCCAGCACCGCACCCGAACUAGUAGCCGGCCCGUCACGCCGCACGAUGUAUGUCACUGCUCUUUACUUCACAAUGACUUGCAUGACCUCCGUCGGUUUUGGGAAUGUUGCGGCCGAGACUGACAACGAGAAGAUUUUUACCAUCUGCAUGAUGAUCAUUGCUGCCCUGUUGUACGCCACGAUCUUCGGUCAUGUCACCACGAUCAUUCAGCAAAUGACUUCCGCCACCGCCAAGUAUCACGACAUGUUGAACAACGUGAGAGAAUUUAUGAAACUCCACGAGGUACCGAAAGCUCUUAGCGAGCGCGUGAUGGAUUACGUCGUCAGCACGUGGGCAAUGACCAAAGGCUUGGACACGGAUAAAGUUCUCAACUACUGCCCGAAAGAUAUGAAGGCCGAUAUCUGCGUACAUCUCAACCGAAAAGUCUUCAACGAGCAUCCUGCCUUUAGAUUAGCGUCUGAUGGAUGUCUGCGCGCCUUGGCGAUGCACUUCACGAUGUCGCACAGCGCACCCGGCGACUUGCUUUAUCACACGGGCGAGUCGAUCGACUCGCUGUGCUUUAUCGUGACCGGCAGCCUCGAGGUUAUACAAGACGACGAGGUGGUGGCGAUUUUGGGAAAAGGUGACGUUUUCGGCGACAGUUUCUGGACGAAUCCGUCGAUCGGUCAGAGCGCGGCUAACGUAAGGGCGCUCACUUACUGCGAUUUGCACACCAUCAAACGGGAUCGGUUGCUGGAGGUGUUGGACUUUUACCAAGCCUUCGCGAACUCCUUCGCCAGAAACCUGAUCCUGACUUACAACUUGAGCCACCGGCUCAUCUUCCGAAAAGUCGCCGAUGUUCGACGAGAAAAAGAAUUGGCCGAGAGAAGAAAGAAUGAGCCGCAAUUGGACCAAGCUCAGGAUCAUCUGGUUCGCAAGAUCUUCUCAAGAUUUCGCCGAGAACGACAACACACUGCCACUGAUGUGGAAAAGGGCGACGGUAAGGACGCAAAGGACGGCGAGACGUCACACGCCAGAAAGGGGUCCACCGCCGAGGAAGGGGGAGGAACAACAACGCUCGCGAAAACGCGACCGAGCGGAAAGUGGGGCCGUUUGUUAGGUAGCUCGAGUUUGGAUUCCAGUAGCGAGACGGGCACGGCCGGCGACACAUUCAAGCGAUCUCUCAGCGCGAGAGACUCACGUCCGAGUUCCAGUGCCGGCACCAACAAAGUCUUCCCGAAACUCGGCAAGUUAAGCGGCACGAUUGAGGAGAGCGGCGACAAUGCCGAAUCGAAGGAUGCUCAGCAGCAACAGCAGCAGCAGCAGCAACAACAACAACAGACCCUCAGUGUGGACUCGAAGCAACUGCAGCUGCGACGUCUCGAGAGUUACGACGGCGGUUUAAUUACGCAACAACCGAGCCACGAGCGGGAGAUCCUUGCGGCGGUGCUGGAAGUGAAGGUGGAUCUGAAGCUGGAGGUGCAGAGAGUUAAUCAGAAGUUGGCCAAGAUCGAGGAUAUGCUGCAGGCGCUAAUGAACAGACUACCGGCAUCCGGCGGCGCACCGUCCGGCGGUGGGAGCGGUGGUUCUCAGCAACAACAAAAGACUACGAACUUCAGCUUGGGAGGCAACAGCGGCGGCGUUCAGAAUCAGUUACCCGUCACACCGAGCGUGGUGACUUUAGUUCAGUCCGCGACUCAGACCGUCGAGUACAAACCGUCGAUCGCGACCACGUCGACGUCCACGACGCCGAGCGAGGGCUAUCGGGAGCAGUCGACGGCGACAGAACGCGUGUCAAAAAGCGGUCAGGAACAUCAUCAUCAUCAUCAUCAUCAUCAUCAGCCGUCGUCGUUGCGGGACGUAAACAAGGAACUGCUCGAACGGCUCGCACAGGCCUCCACGUCGCGCGGCGACGAUUCCAACGCCUUGGGGCCGUUAAUUCUUCGCAAACGACGUAGCAAAUCGCGCAACAAGGGCGCGGCUCCGCUCGCCCCGCUUGCCACGCAACCUGUAAGCCCGUCGGAAGCUACGGAAACCACGCAAAUGCUCGAGUGCACCGACGACCGGGACUCGACCGUCGGCGGGCCGAGCGACAGGAUCUCCGAAAGAACCGCCGAGAGAUCCGAGCGUAAAAGACCACCGACCAGAUCGAGGGAGUAUUUGUGAAAAAAAUUCUUUUCGUGUCAAUUUUUUUUUUUUAAUUUUUUUUCAUUCUUCCUCUUUGUCGAGACAAUCCGCCGACGAUACGAUCGACUGAUCAAAAGUUUUUUCGUCACCCGAUACGCGCUUGGUAGUUUAGCGUUUCGAUCUCUCGCGCGAGGAAAACGCGCGAGUUUCGCGUCCGCGUACGACGACGCGACGCGAAUUGUUUUUAUUCUAUAAUAAUGUUACACACACGUACACAUCGAACGAUCGCUAACUUGUUCCGUUGGUCCUUCUCGUUUUGCACGUCCGAGAAGAUGACACACAUGUUUUUGCGCAAUAUAGUGUCAUCCGUUCCGGGUGCGAACCAAGGAAGAUUCGUUUGUUGAUCGCCUUUAUAGCACGCGAUUGUGCCGUUCCCCCCUCCCCCUCCAGCGCGUGCUUGGACCUCAACUUGGUGAUGAUUAUAAUAACCGAGUUAAAAAAAAAAAAAAACAAAAAAAAAACAAAAAAAAAACUGAUUCUGCUUCUCUCCUCGAGCGGGCGGACGUUCGCCUUUUAACGAAUAUACAACAUGUCGAUAAUUAUUAUGUCCAUAUGCCCUGGUUAAUUAUUAAUUAAUAUAAUACGCCAAUAUUUUAAAAGAGAGAACAAGCUCUCCGCAUUUUCUCCGCUAAUUCGCUUUUUCAAGACGAGAGGAAGGCGGGCGAGGUGGAAAUGUUUUUUUCGCCUCGAAAACAAAGUCAAAAAAAAAAAGCGUUUAUUGAUUAACGAGAGAGGAGGUGAAAUAAAUAAAUGCAAUCUUUAUAAAUACGACUUAAUCGCUUACGACGGCUUCUUCGAGAUACAUCGAAAUUCUUCGGAAUAGGAGUACUCUUUGUGUACACAUACACACACACACACAUACACACAUACACACGCAUACCCACACGUAGGUAGGAUGUAGAUUCACACAUCGCAUAGCCGAUAGCGAACUUCGCGAUUAGCAUCAUGGCCGACUCUUAGAUUCGUAAGCCUUUUCAUUCGCAAGCCAUGGAAAAAAAAACCGGUUCAUGUCGAUGAACUAAAAAGCCGCUCGUUCCACUCGACGAGACGGGACGCGGCGUGUUUGUUGUAAUAUUAUUAAGAGUAAUUGUUAAGCCCACAGUGCGUUUUUCGCACGCACGAAUUUGUGAUGAUGUAACGGUGGUGUCCAAUCCAGAGAACGAUCGAAGAAUCACAUGCGUGUGGUAUGUGAAAAAAAAAAAAAAAAAGCACGCGAAUCUUCUCAGCAGGUUUUUUUUCAGAUUUCCAAAAAAAAUAUUUCUCAAGCGGUAAAUGCGUACGUUACGACGACAAGAGGAAAAUCUCGUGCAUCAAAAACAAAAAAACAAAAAAAAAAAAAUGAAAAAACGGAUGAGUUAAAAUCGUUCAUUUUGUCGUUUAUUUUCAACAAACGAAAAAAUCACAUGUGUAGAUUCUAAGAGAUACAAUUGUAUAGUGCCUAUUUGAGAACUAAAUAAUACUUCAGAGAACCAAGUGUUUUGAGGGCUCUUUCCUCUCUUCUCUUGAAAAAACAAACGUAGCGCGUGAAUAAACAAAUAAAUAAAUAAAUAAAUAAAAAUAUAUAUGUAUAAUUCUUUAUUUUUUUCUAAAAACAAAUCUGCGAAAGUAUUUGCCGGAAUAUAAUUGAAACUCUCUCUCGUUGGUAUGAUGUAAAACUUUUAUAAAAUACAUGUACUUGCUCGAUUGUUGAAAUCUCCGAAUAAAUCUACUUGGUGUCCGUCUAUCUGCCGAUGUUCUGCGAUGUUUAUAUACGCAUUUUCCUAUAGAUAGAACAUGAUAUUUGCAAUAGCGGAGGUACCUGAUUACUAAAAAACUUGAAGGUUUUUCGCGUCAAUUGCUCGAUUUGUUUUUUUUUUUUUUUUUUAAAAAAAAAAAAAAAGAAAAUCAAUCAAUUUUGACACGUGGUUUGGACACCACCGGCAUAAUGGAGUUCAUUGGUUGUGAGACGUUUAAGUUUCCGAUUUGACUGUGGUGACAUCUGCGUUUUUUUCUUCCUUGAAAUUUUGUUAUUGUUUUUUUUUGUUUUAAUUUUUAUUAAACAGAAAUGUUAUGAAUAAAAAAACGCUGGACGUGAUUAUACGUAUACAAUAUAUAUAUAUACAUAUAUAAUAGAGAGCGAGACAGUGAAAUCGAACACAAAUCGAAAUAAUCAUCUCGUCGUGCUCGGCAAACAGUCAAUGGAAUUGCAAAUGUAAUAGUCGUUCUAUCCAAGAUAGAAAUUGUCGUCGCGAUCUGUUGCAUACUGAAAGCAAAGUGUGAUUCACAAGCGGUUUCGAAUUGAAACCGAAUCCUUCCAAUUCGUUUCGCGCGAUCCGACCGUCAGCUAGUAUUCUUCGCCAAUUACUUUUCUAUUAUAAAUUUCGCGUUGCAUUAUUUAAAUCACACAAAGCAAAUUGUCAAACUAUUUUUGACGAAGAGUUUUUUACGAUUGUUUUUUUUUUUUUUGUAAUAUUAAUUUCGGUCAUCGCGUGGUUAUUCGACAACUUGCGCAGAUUUUCUCGCGAAUUGAAAACGCGACGAAUAAACAAACAAAGUUUGGAAGAAGAACAACAAAAUGUUAUAUACGACUAAAAAUUUAUUUGUUCAUCAGGUUGACGAGAUUGUUUACUCAUCAUAAGGAAACUUUCUCAUGCAAAUUAGAGCAUUGUUACAUAGGAAUGGCGCUACGCUCGCAAAUUUGUAUGAACACAAAAAGCCAAACAGCAAUAUUAGAUCUGUAUAUAUAUUGUAAUAUUACAUGUGUAUAUAUUUGCAUAACUAAUUGCAUACUGGCCAUACAUGAUAUACGGCGGAAGAAGAUACGCACGUUUUAUUAAACUGCUGCGCGACGAGAAUAGCGUUUUUGCUAAUAAGAUCUGAUAAUUCAAUGACAAUCAAAACAAUUUGCGAAACGUGUUUAUUGAAUCGCAUCUUUAUGCGAAUCUCUGAAUUUAUUUUGCGCGUGACGAGUUUUUUUUCGUGAAAAAUCGAGAAAUUUCAAUUUCAAUUUCCGCACAUCAGUUAUAGUUUAGUAUCUCUAAGGUGUGCAAAUUAAUUCGGUGUCUCUUUUCUGAAAAAAAAAUUCAAACUUUAUUUAUGAACUUUAUUUACGUAAUACAAUGGUAAAUUCGUCACAAAUUGCGAUCUUCGUUAUUUUCUAUAACUUUGGUCCACUUUUUAGACAACUGUCGUAUUCCAUUGCGGAAAAAAAAAAAAUGCAAAUGAUUUUGAUUCAAUAAAAAACCGUCGAAGAAGUUUUUCAUAUCUUCUAAUAGUUUUUAAGUGUUUGUCACACAGACGGAUGCUGGAGAGAACAAAUAGAAGAAAUGAUCGAGUCCAGUUCAGGAGAAUAGGUCUAAUCGGGUGUGAGACAAAAUUUAUCAGUUGAGAUGAAAAAUGAUAAAUCUUUCGUUUAAUUUGCAACGUGAGAUCGAGCGUGGAAUAAAAUCACCUUUCUCCUUCCUUUCUUUGCGUAUGGCCUUUUUUUUUGCUUCAACUCGUCGCUUAAAAAUCGAUCAGCUGUGAUUGUUUCGCCCAGAUUAUAAUAGUUCAUCAUUUCUUUUAUAUAUAUUAUUCUAUUAAACGCGUCAACAAAAUCUUUUUGGACCGGAUAUUUGGUUUUGCUGUCGAAGGUUAAUGACUCGUUCGCGAUCCGUGAUUUUUGUCAUUUAUGAUUACCGAUCGACUUUUUUUUGUCUCUCGUAAUAAUUUGAUGCAAAAAAUCUUUUUCAAACGUGACAACAAAAACAAGAUUAUAUUAACGCUCAUUUUGUUGUCAACGCUGAGAAUGUGCGGAACUCACUUGCCCUUUUUUUUUUUUUUUUUGGAACCUUUUCCAUUUUUGUUUCAAACACUCACAGCUUCUCAAGUCACUUUGCGAGCUCUUUUUGUGUUUGACUUUUUAUCCGGUACCUCCUGUAACUCGAUAUUCUCUAUAAUAUUCUUCGAGUGAUCGGAAGUUCGUGAUUUAAAUCAAAAACUUUUUUCUUUACACUUUGAAGAAACCAUUUCUUACAUGUUUUAUGGAUUGCCGGUAUCUUCGUCUAAAGCGCCGAACGAAAAAAAGCUUGCAAUAUUUUUCUGUGAACCGAAACACAAAAAGAAUAUAUUGUAUCUGAUGUGCGUCAUUAGCCAUUAGUUUCGCGAACGCAACUGUGUUGUGUGAAAUUUUAAAACACAAAUAGUUCCUCUUUAAAACUGCCAUAAAAAGUGGGAAAAAUUGAAUUUAAGAUGCAAAUUAGAAGCAAGUGAAUAUAUAAAGGCACCGUAAUUAAUUUACUCACUUAAUAAAAAAUUAGAAAAUCCUUAUUAACAUAAUCUUUCUUCGCGCUUGUUAUCCGAUCAUUUUCUUAUACGACUUUUUUUAUAAUAAAUUAAUCGCGAUACGAAAGAAAGUAUGUUUUUUAAUGACAAUUAAAUUUAUAUAGCCAGAAGUUAGUUGUAUGUAUUUCUCGAUGACCACGAAAAAGGCAAAGACGCGAUUCUCAUUAUUGAAAUAAUUAAUUUGGUGAAAUCGAAAGUAUAGAUGCAAACACACACGCAGGUACACACACAUAAAAAAAAAA